GGACGCGCUUCUGACGGUGAUAAAGUAGUGCGGCAACCAUCCGGAGCGCCUCAGGGCACAGGGAUACACGGAUUGCGGUAAUAAAGCUUUGCGUACCAGUGCGCGUCAGGGCGGAGGGAUAUACGGGAGUGCAGUGAUAAAGUAGUGCGAACCGGAGCGCGUAGCGCGUCAGGGCGGAGGGAUACACUGGGUGUGUAGCAGGUGCGUGACGCAAACAGGAGAUAACCUGCUCCCUGCAUUAAGGCUUACGGAGUAGCGGACAACACAGACCCUCUCUAUCCCUAGAACGAGCCGCCUCCGCUGCACCCUGACCGGCUACAGUGACGGGAUGAGCCGUCUCUGCAGUGUGGGCUGUGUCUGCUGAUCUCUGUUCUUCCAGUGCAGCAUUCUCCCUGCCAGAGGCUGCCCAUCAGCCUGCCAGCCAGCAGUAUGUCAGGCAGUUACACCCCGGCCCCGGGGGGCCCCUUCUCGGCCCUCACGCCCAGCAUGUGGCCCCAGGACAUUCUGGCCAGGUACCACCAGAAGGACUCGUCAGAGGGAGCAGAACGCUAUGAUGAGUUUGGAUUCAAGAUUGAGAAACGAGAGGGCUCGCAGCAGCCAGGCAGUGAGUGCCCCCUCCAGAUUGGGGACCCCCAGCAGCGUUCGGGUGGAGACGGGUCCCCCCACAGCGAGGACCCCCAGCAGCGGCUGCGCUGGCAGGCCCACCUGGAGUUCACCCACAACCACGCGGUGGGUGACCUCACCUGGGACGUCAUCGCCCCCGACCUGCCCCGCUCCGACCGCCUCCGCUCCCUGGUGCUGGGGGGCAUCCCACACAGCAUGAGGCCGCAGCUGUGGAUGCGUUUCUCUGGGGCCCUCCAGAAGAAGAGGACCUCAGAGAUCUCCUACAAAGAGAUUGUCAAGAACGGCUCCAACGAAGACUCCAGCACGUCCAAACAGAUAGAGAAGGACCUGCUGAGGACCAUGCCCUCCAACGCCUGCUUCACGGCCCUGGGCAGCGUGGGGGUCCCCCGGCUCCGGAGGGUGCUGAGGGGGCUGGCCUGGCUCUACCCCGACGUGGGCUACUGCCAGGGCACUGGCAUGGUGGUGUCGUGCCUGCUGCUGUUCCUGGAGGAGGAGGACGUGCUGUGGAUGAUGUGCGCUCUGAUUGAGGACCUCCUCCCGCCCUCCUACUUCUCCUCCACCCUGCUCGGGGUUCAGACGGACCAGAGGGUCCUCAGGCAGCUGAUCGUCCAGUACCUCCCCGCGCUUGACCGCCUUCUGCAGGAGCACGACAUUGAGCUGUCCCUGAUCACGCUGCACUGGUUCCUGACGUCGUUCGCCAGCGUGGUGGAUAUCCGGCUGCUGCUGAGGAUAUGGGACCUGCUCUUCUACCAGGGCUCCCUGGUCCUCUUCCAGGUCACGCUGGGCAUGCUCAAGAUCAAGGAGGAGGAGUUGGUGGCCUCGGAGAACUCGGCCUCCAUCUUCAACACGCUGUCGGACCUGCCCUCCCAGCUGCGUGACGGGCCGGCGGUGCUGGGCGAGGCCAUGAGGCUGACGGGGUCGCUGGCCCAGGCCACACUGGACGCCCACCGCCACAAGCACCUGGCCUACAUCCUCAACGAGCAGGCCCAGCUCAGCAAUGGGGCCGUCAACACCGCCAACCUCAACAAGGCGGUGCGGCGGCAGUCCCUCCGCAGGAAAUCGACGCUGAGCUCGCUGCUGUGGGGCGAGGACGAGGCGGACGCACUGAAGGCCAAGAACAUCAAGCAGACGGAGCUGGUGGCCGCGCUGAGGGAGGCUAUCAGCAGCAGCGCCGACCACUUCCACUGCCUGGACCCCCACCAGACCAACACCGACCUGACCCCUGACUACUCCAUGGAGAGCCACCAGCGGGACCACGAGAACUUUCUUGUGGUGUCCCGUAACCGACGGCGACGGGCCAAGGCACUGCUGGACUUCGAGCGCCAUGACGACGAUGAGCUUGGCUUUAGGAAGAAUGACAUCAUCACUAUCAUGUCCCAGAAGGACGAGCACUGCUGGGUUGGCGAGCUGAACGGCCUGAGAGGUUGGUUCCCAGCUAAGUUUGUGGAGAUCCUGGAUGAGAGAAGCAAAGAGUACUCCCUGGCGGGGGACGACGCGGUGACGGCGGCGGUGACGGACCUGGCCCGCGGGACCCUCUGCCCCGCCCUGAAGAACAUCUUCCAGCACGGCCUGAAGAAGCCCUCCAUCCUAGGGGGGCCCUGCCACCCCUGGCUCUUCAUUGAGGAGGCAGCCAGCAGAGAGGUGGAGAGAGACUUUAACUCAGUCUACUCCAGACUGGUGCUGUGUAAGACCUACAGGCUGGAUGAAGACGGGAAGGUCCUCACACCGGAGGAGCUGCUCUACAGAGCAGUGCAGUCGGUCAACAUGAGCCAUGACGUCGCUCAUACCCAGAUGGACGUCAAGUUCAGGUCCCUCAUCUGCGUGGGCCUUAAUGAGCAGGUGCUGCACCUGUGGCUGGAGGUGCUGUGCUCCAGCAUGGCCGCGGUGGAGAAGUGGUACCAGCCCUGGUCCUUCCUGCGCAGCCCGGGCUGGGUGCAGAUCAAGUGUGAGCUCAGGGUUCUCUCCAAGUUCGCCUUCAGUCUCUCCCAGGACUGUGAGCUGCCAGACAAGAAGCAGGAGAAGGAGCAGCGGCCCCUGAAGGAGGGGGUCCAGGACAUGCUGGUGAAGCACCACCUCUUCAGCUGGGACAUCGACGGAUAGGCCCACCCCCUCAGACGGAUAGACCCGUCCCUUCUUUAGGACAGACCCGCCCAUUCCGAUGGAUAGACCCACCCCCUUCCGAUGGAAUCAUCUUAGAGGACACUAUGUGACUGCUGUCACGCUGAUCUGCUGACCCUACACUGUUACUUUAAAACCACCUCCCUCAUCCAAUCACAGCUCAGUCCACCUCCCUCAUCCAAUCACAACUCACUCCACGUCCCUCAUCCAAUCACAAGACACUCCACGGCCUCUCUCAUCCAAUCACAGCUCACUUCAUGUUGAGGCUUAUAAAAAAGGACACCUCCGCGGUGUCAAAAGUCCCAUCCCAAGAGCCCACGUCAGGCGGGCUGAGACCUGAGGAGGAACACAGAAACUGAACAUGGUGGUCCUCUGAUAGGAGUUUGCUGCUGGACGAUCCGACCAAGAGUCCAUCCCCCUUCCUUGGUUUUACUUUAGAGAUCCCUUUUCUUCUUCACUGCCCAACUUCAGAUGGACCUCCUCAAUAUCACUUGUUUCAGGGUGUCCCUUUGAGGCACUCCGAGGUCUGUCAGACUGCAGACUCCAGAUCCACAGAACUGUGCAUCUGCUCUGUCUGUCAAGAGGCUUCUGAAGAGACUUCUGUCUCUUAUCCGCUCUGAAGAAACCACCAUGUUUUGUUUCUGUAACCGAGACUUCACUAGGAUGCGGCUCCUCUCUGUUGUACAUACAAUGUAAAAACAUGUUAAACUAUGAUAAAAUAUAUAUGAGGCAAGAUA